AGAUUUUUUUUUAGUUGCUUCUCUCGGCGAUCAUGUCUGAAACGGCGCCUGCUGUUGCGGUUACGGCCGCGGCUCCUGCCGUAGCUUCGAAGGCUCCAGCGAAGAAGGCGAAGAAGGCGGGAGCGGCGAAAGCGCGCAAGGCGUCGGGCCCCAGCGUCACGGAGCUGAUCACCAAGGCGGUGGCCGCUUCCAAGGAGCGCAAGGGGGUGUCUCUGGCUGCUCUGAAGAAAGCUCUGGCCGCGGGGGGCUACGACGUGGAGAAGAAUAACAGCCGCAUCAAGCUGGGCCUGAAGAGCCUGGUGGGCAAAGGCACCCUGGUGCACACCAAGGGGAUCGGGGCUUCCGGCUCCUUCAAACUCGGCAAGAAAUCGGGCGAAGGGAAGGAGAAGGCACCCAAGAAAAAAGCCGCCAAGGCUAAGAAGCCGGUGGCCAAGAAGCCCGCGAGUGGCAUCAAGAAGCCCAAGAAGGCAGCUGCCGCGGCGGCUAAGAAGAGUCCAAAGAAGCCUAAAAAGCCCGCGGCGGCGGCUAAGAAAGCCGCGAAGAGCCCCAAGAAGGCCAAGUUGGUCAAGCCUAAGAAGGUCGCCAAAAGUCCGGCCAAAGCGAAAACCGUGAAGCCGAAGACGGCCAAGCCCAAGGCCAAGCCCAAAGCAGCUAAAGCGAAGAAGGCGGCGCCCAGGAAGAAGUAAAUGCGCAGAGUUGGCCCGUGGUUGCAUUUCCAAAAACCCAAAGGCUCUUUUAAGAGCCACCCACAGAAUCCAAAAGAGAGCUGAUGUCCGCCCAGUAAAACAUGGUCCGAAUCCUUUU